AUGGCAACAUCAGAAAAACUAUAUGAUAUUAUCAUUAUUGGUUGUGGUCCUGCAGGUAUAGCUGCUGCAUUGGAACUUCAAAAGUAUCAACCUACACCAUCUUUCUUAAUUCUUGAAGCACGUAAUCGUGUUGGUGGCCGAACUUAUACUGAUACACAUACAUUUGCUACCGAUGAACCUAUUGAUUUAGGCGCACGUUGGAUUCAUCAUUAUCGUCCAGAAAAUCCACUUUCUAUACAUCAUACUCCUUCGGAUAAAGAUCGUUUUAAUUAUCAAUUCUUUAAUGACGCGACAACAACUGCUCAUUUUGAUUAUGAUGGAACAUCUUGGUCUGAAGCAUCAAUGAAUGAAGCAGAAAAAAUUGUCGAAGAAUUUUAUGCACAUAUUAAACAAUAUGACUCUACGAAAGAGGAUAUCUCAAUGUUUGAUGCUAUUCGUGAUAAAUACGAAAAAAUUCAAGAUGAAAAAGUGCGUCGUCUUGUUGAUAUGAACCUGGCUUUUGUAGAGCAUUAUGAAGCUUCAAAUCUUAGUGAAUUAUCAACUAAAUCUUUUGAAAAAUCAGAUAAUGACAUUCAACCAUGUGAUCUUACACUUCCAAUUGGAUUAGGCUCUUUUAUUGAACGAAUAGUCGAACGAAAUCAUCUUCCUGUGCAAUUAAAUACAAUUGUUACUCAUAUCAAUAUUCUAAUUGAUAAAAAUAGUUCUAUAUGUAUUUCUACUCAAGAUCAGCAACAUUAUAUGUGUAAAUAUGUUUUGAUAACUAUACCUCUUGGUUGUUUGAAAAAGCAUGGAAUACAUUUCACACCAGCAUUACCAGAUUGA